CUAGGACUCGAUGAGGGUCUUAUCUCAACGACUGUCGCCCAGGAAUCCUUUAUUAGUGAAUUUGAAAUUCGUGUUAGCUACCUCGACUCAUCUCAACAAGCGAACCGACUCUCCAAUAUCACGUCAAUGGUUCAUAUUGGGAGUAUCCCCGGAACACUCAUAGCCUUUUUCCUCUGCGAACGAAUUGGUCUGCUGUGGUCAAUGCGACAGCUUUGUCUUCUAUGGAUGGCGGGAGUUAUAGUUGUUAUAACAGCUUCGGGGAAUUUGGGACAGGUCUAUGCUGGCCGAUGUAUAAUGGGACUUGGAAUUGGGCAGGCGGGUGUUGUGGCACCUACAUAUCUCGCCGAGAUCGCACCUGCUCAUGCUCGCGGUAUGCUUGUUAGCAUGUUUGCUAUGUCUGAAUAUAUUGGGAUCAUGAUUGGGUAUUUCUCUGCGUGGGGUGCUUCAUUGCACAUCUCGAAUGAAAGUGGCAAGCAGUGGGUUAUUCCCCAGAGUAUACAGAUCAUUGUUGCAGGGCUUUUCUUUCUAUUUUCUUUCUUAUGCCAAGAGAGUCCUAGAUAUCUAUGCAAGAUUGGGGAGUGGCAUGAAGCAAAAGAGGCGCUGGGAAGUUUAUGGAGUCUACCUGCAUUGCACCCUGAUGUUAUGAAUGUGGUUGAAGAAAUCCAUCAUAACCUUGAGACAGACCAGAAUCAAACUGUGAGACAGUCUUGGUUCAGAUCAAUAAAAGAGCUGUUGACCGUUAGGUCAAACCAGCAAAGACUCCUUUUUGUGGGUUCGGCACAGCUUCUUGCCCAAUGGUCUGGAGCAAACUCCAUUACAACAUAUGCACCCGAGUUAUUCUCUCUAUUUAGUAUCAAUGGCCAGUCAGAGAAACUGUUCAUAACAGCAGUCUUCGGUGCGGUCAAAUUCAUCGCAUCACUACUAUGCGCCGUGCUUUUGAUUGACCAUGUUGGACGCAAGCGAUCGUUAAUCUCCGGAAUUCUUGUACAGCUGGUUGCAAUGCUUUAUGUUGCUAUCUUUCUCACAGUCGAAACAUCUUCUUCCAGUAACGAACCCGGGUCUGUCAAAAGGGCAGCUAUUGCCGCAAUCGUUUCCCUCUACUUUGUUGGGAUUGGUUGGGCAAUGGGCUGGAAUGCUAUUCAGUAUAUCCUCACUGCGGAGAUUUUUCCACUGGGUGUUCGGUCCACUGGCUCGAGUCUUUUGAUGUGUUUUCACUAUGCCAAUCGGUAUGGUAUUUCCAAGGCUGUUCCGUCUAUGUUGCUUGAAGAUGCUCUACAACCAAAAGGGACAUUUUGGUUCUUCUCGGCGACGACUUUGUUUGGUUUAUUGUGGACAUGGUUUUUGCUUCCUGAGACUGCUGGUCGGAGCUUGGAGGAGACCAAUGUACUGUUCUCAAAUUAA